AUGGCCGACAACGAUGCGAGCGCGCACAUCGAACAGCGAAUUGUCAUGAAGUUUCCCGUGAAUAAAGGCGUAAAGUCAUUUCAAAUUCAUAGAAGACUUCAGGCUCAGUAUGGCCACGAUACACUUAGCCUCAGCAAAGCGUCUGAGUGGUGCAAACGGUUCCGAGACGGCCGUACAUCCGUGCAGGACGAUCCCGGCCGGGGCGGCUCAGGGCCCGGUGUCAGAGUUCCUGAGAACAUCCAACUUGUGGAGCGUCUGAUCCUCAAAGACCGACGGACAACAUGUCUCAAACUGGCUCGAAAGACGGAUCUUUCUGUCGGAACGUUGAACACUAUCAUUCAUGAACACCUCCAGUUUAGGAAACUUAGUGCCCGUUGGGACCCGAGGCCGCUCUCCGUGUUUGACCGGCAGAGAAGACUGGAAAUCUCCCAAGAGCUAAGGUACCGUUUUGACACUGAAGGAAAGCCGUUCUUCAACCGGAUCAUCACGUGUGAUGAAACAUGGGUGCACCAUUUCACUCCUGAGUCUAAACGCGCAUCAAAAAAGUGGAAGCAUCCUUGCUCGCCAGCUCUCAAGAAGUUCCGAAGCACCCCGACUGUGGGUAAGGUCACGGCCACGGUUUUCUUGGACAAGGCUGGCGUUGUUCAUGCAUCUUCUGCCCAGUGGUACCACCAUCAGUAG